AUGAGCUCCCGUAAAAGAGCGAAACCUGGAACUUCUGGAAAUGAAGAGGAGGGCAACAGUGGCGGAUUCUUAGAUGCUUUUCGGCGUUACAUACCAAAUUUUUCAUCAGUGGAACAAGGCGAGGAAACUCGAAAUGGAACAAAUAUUCGAUCAUCAUCGGUACCUUCCACUCAAGAAUCUCCUCAGAGCUUUCAGACCCAGGAGGGUAUGGAUAUUGACCACUCUGGACCUUCCAAACGAGAGCUGGAUUUUGCAUCAGCCAAUGAUCCUCAUUCUGAUGGCGACGAUGUCAGUGAUCACGAGUUGAAUGACGAGCAUGACGAGUCUAGUUAUUCAUCCGCCAUGUCAUCCUCAGAAGACGAGGAAGAGGAUGUAGUAGAUGGUAUGACACUGAUGGAAAAGCGACGAAGAAAUAAGGAACGAAAUGCUCUGCGACAUCAAGAACUAUUCAGGGAUUAUCAGACUGCCAUGGGAAACAGCGAGGAAAAUGGCAAAGCCAAAAAGAAGGAUACGCAGUAUGAAUAUGACGAUGAUGAAAAUGAUGAGAAACCAAGAGCUAGAGGGAUGUUGAUGAAGAGGAAUUCUGGGCUAUUGACUCCUCAGUCAAAGUCGUUCUCUGGGCUGGUAAAAGAAUUGGAAGAGCAAUACCCACAUCGAGAGCCACAAAUUCGACGAUUGUUGAGUCUUUUUCAAUCUACUAUUGGUCAGGUAUCAAAACCACAACAAUCCUCUGGCUUUGUGCCCGCCCCUUUGUUUGUCAUUGGGAGCACUGGAACUGGGAAAACCUCUGUAGUUUGGGAUACCUUGGCCUUGGCACGGGCGGACUCGUCACCACCUACCUUCAGUACAGAUAGAGUUCCUCAGUCUGAGGUUGCAUUGAUCAAUUGUGCGACUCUGGAACCAGCUACCAUUGGAAGGCUGAUAGUCUCCAUAUCCCAGCAACUCCGACCGAGUUUGAAGCGUCGCCAUUCCAACCCUUCAUCGAAGAACAAGCAACGGAAGCGAAAACGAAAGCAAAACGGGGGGAAUGAUGUUGCAACUGUGGCAACUGUGGCAACUGCAUCCAGCACUAUGGAUGAAAAUGAGGAAGGGUCCUCAGAAGCUAGAAAACAACAACGGCCACUGCAUGUCACUACAACUAAUAACGACGACGACAUCGACCAAGAGAAUACCAGACGUGUCCAACCGACUCGGGCAGCGAAAGUGAUGGAUACUAACGAUUCAUUGAAGCACACAAAGACCAACCAAAUACACUCAAACGAUCCAGAAAAUGAUGAUGACGAUGCGGCAAAACCCACCGAUAGAAUCGAGAGUCCGCACUCAGCAGUUAUGGCACUUGGGAGAAGUCUGCUGCCAUAUUAUGGGACUCGAUCCAAACGUUGCGGCUUUGUGAUCCUAGACCAAAACCCAGAACGUCUACUCACCAUGUCAUCAUCGGAUGGAAGAAACGAUAAAUCGAACGUACUGGCCGAGCUCUUGUUGCUCCCACGCGUCAUGCAGCUGAACAUUUGUUUCGUUGUCGUUACCACCAAUCGAUUGCUACCGGGUUCUCGAUUAAACAACAUUGCUGGCCCUACCAAGGCUUCUGCAACACUGAUGACAGCACUACGUCCGAUGUGUGUUCAAUUUCCAGCCUACAAGGGGAACGAUUGUUUCAAAAAGAUACUGAAGGCAAAGCGCGCACAAGACACAGUAACUGGUUCCUAUACCAAAGGCUUCUCUUGCCAGAAGGAAUUCUUUGACAAAUUGGUAGAUACGUUUCUUUCCUCUCUGAUUCAAUUUUUGUCGGAUUCGACGAGAGACAUCAACGACUACUUGCGGGUUGGUCGUUCUUUAUGGCCAGUAUUCAUCCGCCCAAUUCAUCCCAAGAAUAUUCAUCAGACAAUGAAGGUAGUAGCGCCACAGACUUCGGCAGCUUCCAAUGAUGUGGACCCGAUCAUUGAAACUAGAAUACUAAAUCAUCUUGGGCAGAAGUUGCUACGUUUCACAUCGGCGUUUUCGUCAGAGGACCCAACUGGUCUUCUGCUAGAUUUGUCAAGUCACAAAAAGCUAUGUCAUCAGAAUGAACUCAAACUGACGCACUUGCAACUUUGCUUGCUACUCGCCUCAUUCAUCUGUCAAAGCAAUCGAAUAGAUCAAGAUAAAAAGUUCUUUGCUUCGGCUGGAAACGGAAAGAAGAGGAAAAACAACAAGUCGCAGCAAGGAGAAGGAGAGACUAUCGCAUUCAGCGCCUCUGCAAAUGAAGUCAAACAGUUGUUUUCACUUAGGCCUAGGCCGUUUCAAUUGGAGAGAGUCCUCUCUAUUUUUGUCACCCUUGUCCGGCUGAACCCAAAGGACGCUGGGGUCUUUGCGGAUAUGGACGAAAAGAGAAUUCAAACACUAGGGUCUACCCGCCUGGAUAUGGAUUUGAAGCAGCUGGUUGAUCUUGGAUUCUUGCACCCCGCAAGUGCUGCUGGACGACAUGCCAAUGAGAAUAUCGACCGCGCUCGAUUUUGGUGCUCACUGACUCGCUCUGAGGCAGAUCGCAUCGCCAAGCGGGCUUCAAUUCCGUUGGACAAUUACAUGCUAUAG